UCUCGUUCGCCUGCAGAGCUCCGAUUUUAUUCUAUAUUAUAUAUCUGAUAUUUACUCUACUAUUAUAUUCAAUAUGAAUGCGUGCCACGACAAUCGUUGCGCCUUCGACGAGGGUAUGAACGUGUCCGUGAGCCCCACCAAGGAUCGCAAGAUGAAGAAGUCGUCGAAGCAGCCAGCAAUGGUGGCCGUUCUCCGGAAGAUGCCCCCAAAGCCGCAGAGGGCAGCUCGUCUCUUCCAGCCGAAGGUGGAGAAGAAGCCCAUUUCGACCAUGGCAUUGCGCACUGCUCCCAAAAAGGAUCGGGUGAAGGACAUCAAGGUUCGCUCCGACAAGCGGUCAGAAUUCGAACCGAUACAAAAAGGCAUUCUUCGCAAAGCCGGACGCAAAAGCAAUCGUCCUGGUGAGCGACUCUUUGAUCGCCGAUCAGGAUCGAAUCGCACUGGCGUCAAGGCGGUGGACAAGCGCAAUGGAGCCGGUGCCCACAACUGGGGCUCCCUGCAGCAGGAGAUCGACUUGCGCCAGAAAACCAAUUCGCACGCCUUCGCCUUCGAGAUGAAGCUAUCCAAGGUAUCCAGUUUCGCUGCCAACAACGAUCCAUCGGAGGAGCCCGAACAAUAUACACUGGACGAGUGGCGUGCCAUGCAGGCCCGGAAGAAGCAGCUCUUGCGGAAGUUUAUAAUGGCUGACACCGGUGGAAAGGAUGUGGCAAAAGAGGAUGGUGGAGCAACUGGAGCAACUGGAGGAGCCGAUGGACCAGGCGAAACUGACUCCACCAAAGCAGCUGAGGAAGCAUCCGGAGGAGCUGAACGUUCAGGAGAUACUGAAACAGCGGGCGGGUCUGAAGCAUCCGAAGAAACCGUGACAGCCGAGGCAACUGGAGAACCUGACGCAUCCGGAGGCUGUGGAGCAUCUGGAGGAUCUGGCGAGUCGGGAGAGCUUGAAGACGAAGGCGAUGGCGCAGGAUUAUCCGCUGACCGCCAGCUGUACGUGGUUGAUAUCCUGUUGAAUUUCCACACUGAUCAAGGCAUCAUUCCGUAUCGCUUGAAAUUUAUCUAACUUGCUUGUCUUUUGAGUAAUAUAUUAAUAAAUAAUCUUAGAUAAUA